AUGUCAAAACAAUAUUCGGGACCUAACCCUUCGAAGCUUAUAUUACUUGCCGACCUUCCACAGUUUUCAGAAGGAGAUAAAGUUCGGUUCUUAGGAUGUGUGAUAAGUUAUAACAGAGGCUCUGCUGUUCUUACUUUGGAACACAACUUUCCCAUUGGCAAUGGGAUCAAAGCCUCUGUCAAUGUUCAACUUCUGCUGAAUAGCUUAACCCAACAUGAAACCCGGGUUGGAGAGUGGGUCAAUGUUGUGGGUUAUGUAGCAGACACAGAUGAACCACAAGAUAUCAAAACUCUUAAAUUAGGGACUGAUAUUGCUAUUCAAGCAAUUGCCUUGUGGUCAUCCGGUCCUAUACAACUCGAUGCAUAUGAAAGAAGUCUUAGGCCUUGA